UAGUUUUAGUUUCUCAUGUUAAGAGCGUAAGUUGAUAGCUUUAUUACGGUUGUUCUAAAUGUUAUUAGAAAUUACAACUCGUAUCAGAUUGCACUUUCAUCUUGUAGCAAGAUAUACUUACAUAUUGUAAAUCACAUAAGAAUUUCCGAUUUUUGUACUGUUAUAUAUGGUGUGAUGUCAUAUACUAUUUACAGAAAUGUAUAUAUUCAUUUUUACGGUUAAGUGUCAUUUAUGUCGAAGUGUUAGUUAUUUCGUCGAAUGUUACCAUGACAACUAUUAGAAAUUCACUUCUCUGGGAUUUAUUUUAUUUAACACUGUUACACUGUCUCUUAAAAGCGAACCUAUUGGGGCUAAGAGUGUGGUUUGUCGAGCCUACAACCGGUCUUAACCCCAAGCGUGUUUUACCACCGACCGUUCCAAGGCGUACCUUUUGUGUCCUUCGCAUGUAUGUCUUGUGUAUCAAAACUUGGUUAGUAUUAUGACACGUUCUGUAAUGUACCAUCAUGUUAGUUGUCUUCAGCGGUAAAUAUUCCAUUACAUACCCCUCUCAUUUUUCAUCUUGUCCCAACCAACACUUCCCCUAAGAUCCCCCUUGUGCCUUUAAUUCUCGUAUUAGCCAUUAUGUUUUGUAAUACGUAUUAUUCUUCUUCUUAUUUAAUUGAUAAUUGUAACAGUUAUUGGCAUGUACUUUCUCCUUUUCUGCCCUAGUGCGUGCUCUUUCCUAUUUUUGUUCGGUAACCUUCUGGGUUUCCCUACAAGUGUGGCUAGGUUUUUUCCGGGGACAACAAUGUAUGUAGAGAAAAAUAUAAUCACGGGUUAUUAUCUAUACAAAAUCAUGUGUGUCUUAAGAGCAAUCACAGUAGCCUUUAAAACGAUUAUAAUUCUGACCCACUCCGUAUAUCUAGGCGUCCUGUCAUGUACUAUAAUUCCCCCCCCCCCCAAAAAAAAAAAAUAGCUCAAAAUUUUAUCAGACAGAAUUGUUAGCACACGACAAUAUUUCCAGCAUGCAUAGGGUUAAGAAUAAAUCUCUUUCACUCCCCUCUUGCCGAAUAAUUUAUAACAUAAGGAUAUAUAAGAAGAAAUGACAGCGUUAAUAAAAUAUUAUAUUAACCAUGUAAUGUUUACAAUAACAAUUCCAGUUAAACCUCAAGUGACAUCAUUAAUUACAAGGAAGAAUGGUUUUAUAGUACAAGGAAUGUCACCAUCUGACAUGGCCACUGCUGAGGUAGGCGAUGAGUUAGAACUUACAUGUACUGCGAAUAUAGGUACCUUAAAAGGAACACUCAUUCGGUGGCAUAAAACAUCUGAAAUGUCUAAAACCAAUGAAUUUACUGGCUACCAACCACCACAAGGUACUGUUGAUGAAGGCACUUCAAUUAGUGACAAUCAGUGCGGAUAUACCCGUGUGGCUUCAAUCAAGUACAACACAACGGCAGCUGAUGCCAAAAGGGAUAACAAUCUGGCAUUCGAGUGUUAUGUUACUGUUACUGGAGAUCCUUAUGGGUACUCUUUUACCUCUGAAAACAAUCCGACAUUUUAUACUGACGUCAAUAACCAAAGUAGUGGAGAGACAAACCGUACUAUGAGUACAACAGAUGAAAACGACAUAAGUAUAGCAGCAGGAGCUAUCGCCGCGAUUGCCAUUGGUUCACUAAUUGUUAGUGUUCUAAGCGGUGCGGUUUGUAUAUGGGUUGUUUUAAAAAGAAAACGGACAGUAACAGGCCUGAAGAAUCAAAAUCAGCAUCAGCCAGCAUCAGUGUCACGAGAAACAGAAUUAAAUGUGUUGUCACUUUCACCGGAUACCUACGAACAGCUUCAAAAUAGAACAGAUACUGAAAGCAGGCUGACUUAUGAUCUCCUAGACGCUUCAAGAAAUUCCAGCGCAGUACCAAACAGCCAAUCACAGUAUGAGAACCUUGAAGGGAAGCAGGGGCAUCUCACACGUAUGCAGAUCUAAAGCUUGGUCGAUAAAACAUAUUGGCAGAUUUGAAAGAUCUAUCUCGCCUGCUUGGUUCCUUUCGGUUACCAUAUAUGUACCAGUUAUAAAUGUUUUUGUACACAAUCUAUAGCUAUCUAUGAUUUUGAGGAUUAUUCAUCAAUACAAUUAAUAUUAUAUGGGGAUUUGGCCAAGACCAGACGAAUACUUCGUGCGAAGGAAGUUAUUCGAGCAAUCCGAGUUCGAUCGAACAAAGUUUAACUUGAAUUUGACAGGGAAAACCAAAUGUAUUGUCAUCUUUUACCUUUCCCAUAAGAUAACUCGGCUUAAACAGUUCUUCAAAAUUAUUUUCAUUUCUCCAUUUUAAAGGGCCAUAUACAUGUAUGCACUAAUUAUAAAUGUUUUUGACACAAUCUUAACCUGUCUAAGAUUUUGAGGUUUAUUUGUACAUACAAAAAAAAUCAUUGUAUUGGGAUUUUGCCGGGACCAGGUGAUAACAUUCAACGAAGGGAGUUAAUCGAGCAAUCCUUGUUCGAGCGAAUGAAGUUUAACUAUAGUUGUGUAGGUAUGACAGGCAGUCAAUUAUUAUCUUAUCCAUAAAAUAAUUCGGCUUUAAAGGGUCAUUCUUCGUAAUUAUUUUUCAUUUUCUCCAGUUUUAAGGGCUAAUAUCAUGCCCACGGAAGCUAUUAAUAUCAAGUUCAAAGUGUAAAAAUUAACAAAGGACAAUAACUCCAAAAUAAGGCAGAGUCGGAGUUAUUCUUUAACACUCACAUCUUAUUAAUAAGAUUUAUCUACCUACAAAGUUUCUUGUAGAUACCUUUCAAAAUUUUGGAGUUAUUCCCCAGACAACAUUUAAAUUUGUAAAACUGAACAAAGGGCAAUAACUCCAAAAUUAGGCAAGACAGAAUUAUUAAUCUUUUGCACUGUAUAUUUACCCAAUGAGAUCUAUCUACCUUCAAAGUUUCUAGUUGUUAUUUCUUAUAGUUUCAGAGUUAUGUCCCGGACAAACUUCAAUGUUUUACAGGGAAUAUUCUCAAAUGAACCAUUUUCUUUAAUCAGCUUUCACUUAUAUAUAUAUAUAAAUAUUUUGUACUUAAUAUACAGAUUAAAAUUUGAAAAUGUUAUAUUUGUAUUUUACAUAUGUACAACACGGUUCUCCUUCCAUUAUUAUUGUCAAAAUGGCCAUUAUAAAUCUUUGUUAGGUCAAUUAAUCAUUUCAAGUUUGUAAUAGCCAAUCACACAUACUUUGAUAUACGAGUUCAUGUCAUGCCUACAUCUUCUAGAAUAUAACCGAUGCACGUUCGCAUUUUUACCACUUGAUGUACCAAUAUAAGGUCCAAACUUAACAUUUUUGCAUCGUUCUUAUCGAGUCCAUAUCGCACCCCAUCAAA